UACAUAUAUAAUUGAUCAUCAUUUAUAAAUUACCAGUUUUGUACUGUUUGAACAUAUUGAGGUGCAAAUGAUGUAGCAUAAAAAAGUUUAUUCAAAAAUUAAUAUGACUGUAUUGCUAUUUUUUUUUGUUCUAAUUUAUUUCUAAUUGUACGUACUAUUCGAACUUUUCACACAAAAUAUUCAGUUGAAACUUGAAAGAGAAGAAAUCUAUACUUAUGUUGAUGAUUAUGUUGUCAAAAAAAAAUAUAUAUAAAUGAAAGAUUAAGUGUUUAUUAAUUUGUUAUAGACUGAAUAUUAUUUAUAAUGGGUGAUUUUGUAACAAACAAUAAUAAUUGUGGACAAAAUUUAUUACAACUUGUUCCAAGUGGAAAUGCAACACUUGCUGAAUUAAUGAGACUCAAAGAAUUAAUGUUCCUCCAGUAUUCAGACUCGAUUCAAAACAAUGUACUCAAAAAUACAAUUAUAUUUGAUCUUGCUUAUUUUAAAGCAGCAAAUAUACAUGAAGAAAAAAUAGAAAAUGAUCCAAUACUUCAAGAAUGUGAUGAAAAUUUACGUGAAAAUUAUUCAGAUGUUUUAACACGUUUUUAUCUGGUAUUUGAAAUUAUCCACAAAUACAUAACUUAG